AGCAUCUCCAGCAAAUUCAUCAAAUUUUUGUACUGUUUGGAGAAUGAACAGUGACUUUUAUCUAUAUCUACCUAUUUUUUCAAAUACAUUUUCCAACAGAUUUUCUAUCUCAUUCUCUAUAUCAUUUAAAUAUUAUUUCUUCAUUCAUUAUUUAUUUUUUUUUUAACAACUACACAUCUUCCAACAUUUUUUUAUUCAACACUUUAUUAUUAUAAUAGAAUUUUUUUUUUUGAAAAAUGAACAGUAGUCCAUCAAACUUGAUAAGCUUAUGUUCAUGAGCCAAAAUAUUUUUUGGAUAUAGAGAAUCUAUUGGAGUGGUUUUUUUGUUGUCUCAUUCUCUAUUAUAGAGAAUAUUUUACUUUUGCAUAGGCCAUUGGAGAUGCUCUAUAACGAUAGUUUAACUCUUUAGAUAAGAAAUAUAAUAAGAGAAUAAUAAUAUUGGAUUAGCAAUUAGAGUAGUGCCAAGACUGGAUUAGAGAAUAAAGAAAGAAUAAAGAGUUACCUCUAGUUACUACUAAGACUGGAUUAGCCAUGAGUAAUUCCUGUUUAGAAGAAGAUAAUAACAAACUGCAAAAAAUGAAUGAGACAGUGACUCGUGGAAGGUACAGACAGAAGAAUCAAGCAACAGAAGCGGCAAGUACAGUUAUGAUAAAGAUCCAACUACUCUUGCUCUUACUAUUACUACUAGUUCUAGUCCUAUUAUGCAGCCAAGCUAAAGAAGCAGAGGCAGAGUCAGAGGUAUCUCAAAAUAUAAAAAAAUGGGUCCUGGAAGUGGAGAAAGAGGCACAACAACCUUUUCAUCUUCAGCUGCAAGCAAUAUCAUGAAGCCAAACAUUAACAACGACAAGGAUAAAAGAGACAAAGCAAUUGCUCAGUACAAUGCUGAUGCUGGGCUGUUGGCUGAGUUUGAGCAGUCUGGUGAGUCUGGUAAGUCCUUUAACUACACAAGAUCAGUGUUGCAUGGUCCACAAUCUGUGCCUGAACAACAAAUAACUGCUUAUCUCACAAAAAUCCAAAGGGGUGGUCAAAUUCAGCCCUUUGGUUGUAUGCUUGCAAUUGAGGAACCCACUUUUAGAAUUAUCAGUUAUAGUGAGAACUGCUUUCAGUUGUUGGGUUUGACUUUAGACACUCAAUUUGAGUCAAAACAGUUAAAGGGUCUGAUUGGAACCGAUGCUAGAACCUUGUUUACGCCUUCUUCUGGAGUUUCUUUGACGAAAGCUGCCUCUUCUAGGGAGAUGUCUCUGUUAAACCCGGUUUGGGUCUACUCCAGGAGUACCCAGAAGCCAUUUUAUGCUAUAUUGCAUAGAAUUGAUGUGGGGAUUGUGAUUGAUUUGGAGCCUGCGCAGUCUGGUGAUCCUGUAUCGUUCCUUGCAGGGGCAGUGCAGUCACAGAAACUGGCGGUUCGGGCGAUUUCUAGGCUGCAGUCACUCCCUGGGGGAGAUAUUGAUGUGUUAUGUGAUACAGUUGUGGAGGAUGUUCAGAAGCUCACUGGGUAUGACAGGGUUAUGGUUUAUAAGUUCCAUGAAGAUGAUCAUGGUGAAGUUGUGUCUGAAAUCAGAAGGUCGGAUUUAGAAUCCUACUUGGGUUUACAUUAUCCUGCUACAGAUAUCCCUCAAGCUUCCCGUUUCUUAUUCAAGCAGAAUCGAGUAAGGAUGAUUUGUGAUUGCCAUGCAAAAUCUGUAAGGAUCAUUCAGAGUGAAGAACUAAAGCAGCCUCUUUGCUUGGUUAAUUCAACUCUUCGUUCCCCACAUGCAUGUCACGCCCAAUAUAUGGAUAAUAUGGGCUCUAUUGCCUCAUUGGUAAUGGCAAUUAUCAUCAAUGCUAAUGAUUCAUCGAAGCUUUGGGGAUUGGUAGUGUGCCACCACACCUCCACCCGCUAUGUCCCUUUCCCCCUUCGGUAUGCUUGUGAGUUCCUUAUGCAGGCAUUUGGGCUUCAGCUAUACAUGGAGCUUCAACAGGCAUCACAAUUGGCAGAGAAGAAAAUUCUCCGAACGCAAACCUUACUAUGUGACAUGUUCCUCCGGGAUGCUCCAUUUAGUAUUGUGACACAAUCUCCUAGUAUCAUGGAUCUCGUUAAGUGUGAUGGGGCUGCAUUGCUCUAUGGCGGGAAAUGUUGGUUAUUGGGUGUUACUCCAACUGAAUCACAGCUGAAAGAUAUUGCAGAGUGGCUGCUCACUAAUCAUGGGGAUUCUACGGGGUUGAGCACAGAUUGUUUGGCCGAUGCUGGUUACCCAGGUGCUGCUUCACUGGGUGAUGAAGUUUGUGGCAUGGCCACUGCAAGAAUCACUUCAAAGGAUUUCUUGUUCUGGUUCAGGUCUCACACUGCAAAGGAAGUAAAAUGGGGAGGAGCCAAGCAUCAUCCAGAGGAAAAAGACGAUGGCAGAAAAAUGAACCCAAGAUCAUCGUUUAAUGCUUUUCUUGAAGUAGUAAAAAGUAGAAGCUUGCCUUGGGAGGUUUCAGAAAUUAAUGCAAUUCAUUCUUUGCAGCUUAUUAUGAGAGACUCAUUUCAGGAUAUGGAGGACAGCGAUUCUAAGGCAUUGAAGUUCAUUCAGCAGAAUGAUACUGAGAUACAGGGGAUAGAUGAACUCAGUUCAGUGGCAUGUGAAAUGGUCAGAUUGAUUGAAACAGCAACAGUUCCAAUUUUUGGGGUUGAUUCAGCUGGUCUCAUCAAUGGAUGGAAUGUAAAAAUUGCUGAAAUGACAGGAUUACAAGCUAGUGAUGCUAUAGGGAAGUCCCUGGCCAAUGAAGUGGUUUAUGAGGACUCAUGCAGAACGGUUGAAAAUCUUCUAUCUAGAGCUUUGCAAGGUGAGGAGGACAAAAACAUUGAAUUAAAGUUGAAAAACUUUAGGUCUGGUCAGCAAAUGUCAGUUGUAUACAUUAUGGCUAAUGCCUGCACAAGUAGGGAUUAUGAAAACAAUGCUGUUGGAGUGUGCUUUGUGGGUCAAGAUAUUACAUCUGAGAAAGUUGUUAUGGAAAAAUUCAUCCGCUUGCAAGGUGAUUAUAAGGCUAUCAUACAAAGUCUGAAUCCAUUGAUUCCGCCCAUAUUUGCUUCCGAUGAGAAUGCCUGCUGCUGUGAAUGGAAUCCAGCCAUGGAAAAGCUAACCGGUUGGAUGAGAGAUGAAGUUAUGGGUAAAAUGCUCCCUGGGGAAAUCUUUGAUGGUUUCUGUCAGCUGAAAGAUCAAGAUACAUUGACUAAAUUUAUGAUUUUAUUGUAUCGAGGAAUUAGUGGUCAAGAAACGGAGAAGUUCCCUUUUGGAUUUUUUGAUAGAAAUGGAAAAUUUGUGGAGGUGUUCUUAACAGCAAACAAGAGGACUGAUGCAGGUGGAAAUGUAAUUGGUUGUUUUUGCUUCUUACAGAUUGUUGUGCCUGACCUGCAGCAGGCCUUAGAAGGACGCAGGCAGGAGGAUAAAGAAUGCUUUUCAAAAUCAAAGGAGUUGGCUUACAUCCGACAAGAGAUGAAAAAUCCUCUAAAUGGUAUUCGCUUUACCCACAGCCUUCUUAAAACUACAGCUGUUUCAGAACAUCAGAAGCAAUUUCUUGACACUAGUGACGCAUGUGAAAGACAGAUCAUGACACUCAUAGAUGACAUAGAUUUCAGAAGUGUAGAGGAAGGCAGUAGCUUGCAGUUAAACAUGGAAGAAUUUCUCUUGGGAAAUGUUUUGGAUGCCAUUGUUAGUCAAGUUAUGAUAUUGCUGAGAGAAAGAAGCUUACAGCUUUUUCACGAGAUUCCAGAAGAAAUCAAAACACUAUCUCUAUAUGGUGAUCAAAUUAGGCUUCAACUGGUCUUGUCAGAUUUCCUGCUUAAUGUGGUGCAUCAUGCACCUUCUCAAGAGGGCUGGGUGGAAAUCAAAAUAUCACCUGGUCUGAAGGUUAUACAAGAUGGCAAUGAAUUUAUCCGUUUACAAUUGAGAAUGACUCACCCUGGUCAAGGCCUUCCUUCUGCUCUUAUCCAAGAUAUGUUUGAGGGAGGAAACCAGUGCUCAACACAGGAAGGCUUUGCACUUAACCUGUCUCGAAAACUUCUCAACAGGAUGAAUGGUCAGGUUCGCUAUGCUAGAGAGCAUAGUCAAUGUUAUUUCCUAAUUGACCUGGAACUUAAAACAAGGAAAAAAACAAAAGAGACUCAUGGACAGAUAAAGGCAGGACAACUUAACUUUCCCAUUUCCUGAACUAUUGUUAUAAUAUUUAGGGUUCAGGAAGAUUAUCUGCAAGGGCACCUCAAUUGUGCAUGCAUAUGUCAACAAAUUUCUGGUAAACUCUCCAUGGUUUGUCAAAACGCCCUUCCCAUUUGGUUAGUUUUGACAAUUAAGCCUAUCUAUUGCCAUACAAACUGUUUCCUCACUGUAUGCCACCCAAUUUGAGGUAGUAUCAAUAUGUAUAUUGACUCUCCAGCUUAAAUAAAUGUAUUGCAGGCAACAUGUCAGAUUCACCA